CCGCCGGCCAGCGCCGCGCGUCACUUCGCCACCCGCUGGAGUGUUGGUUUCAACAAGCAUGGAGGGUAACGCAUCAUUAGCUUACCCGUCCACGCCUCUAGGGGUUGUAUGUGUGCAGCCAAGGCAAGAAGGCACCAGGAAAAAAUGGUUAAUGAGGCCCUUUAAGCUUAACCGUUUGGUGGGGACACGUUUCGAGGAGGCCGCCAUCAGGUAUGCUGCUGAGGUCCGCCGUGCCGCCCGGUUCCCUCCCACCAGCACCUCCACCUCCAUUACUACUGCCUUGACGUCACACGCCACCACCAGAAGUGGACAAAUACUAGCUUCGAGCCUCAGACAUCAGUAUGAACGCCCUGUUGACAGGCGUGGCAGUCGGGUUGUUCCCACACAGCCCGUCAGGCCCACCGUGCAUGUCGCUGACCCAUCCACCUCCACACCUCACCCUUCCAUAAGGCACUGGGAAGGAGACACUGUUGUGAGAGGGAUUCAGGAAAUACGCUCGCAGUUUGUCCGGUCAGAGACUGAGUCCUUCCCCCGCCAUCAUUCUCAACCACAGCGCCCUUCCAGCCGCCCACCUCUCCUCCCUGUCUCCCCGCCCAGAGAUGCGGCAACGAGGACAGUAAGGCCCACCUGGCCGCUGUUCCAUAGGAGUGGUGGUCGAGGACGUGGAAGACAUCAGGUUCAGGAAGAGGAGGAUGUAUGGAUUGACAUCGAGAAAGUGUCUCCUCCUCGUACUACUUACCACUUAUACCGUUUGUCUGCCGAUGGCACUUCCAGUGCCUUGCCAAUCACCGUCAUACCAUCGUUUACUACAUCACUUCACUCCAUGAAUCCCACAAGCCAUGGAGCUCAUGGCUUGUUGGUGGAUCAUAGAGAUUUCCCUCCUCAAAAUCGUGCCGCAGUUACCCCUAGGAGACAGCUUCAUCCCCUCGUGGUCACUAAAGCACAGCAAAGUCACUUCUCAAAUUCUCGUUUUAUGGAACAUCAGACGACCUCCUUCCAAGCGUCACAACAGCUUGAUGACUCUAGCUUGGUGAGACAUCCAUCCUCCAAUCGUUUCCAUAAGAAACCCUUGGUAUUCACAGUUCCUCAGGAGCAGAAAACGGGUACUCCUGCAGAAGCGACAGAAAAUGUAGUUAGCCUCGAGGACGAUGAUAUAGAGCUCAUGUCCAAUGGCGAAGUGGACUUAAUUGAAAUAUCUAGUGACUCUUCCCCUGAAGUGAAUUGCGGAGCAUUAAAAAUCAAGAGCACAUGCGAUGGGGAAUCACAUUCUUCUCAAGUUUUGGCUGCUGCUUCUCAAGCAAACUUAUGCAAAGGUUCGCGUAGGUCUUCAUUCUCGGUCAACGCAAAUUCAAGUAAACUGUUAACUAGUAAAGAUGAAGAGCUACCAGAUCUGACUUGCGCUCAGUCGUCCACCAAACUUCCCUCUGAAGAUGACAGCAAGGUAGAAGAUAACCUGAGUGACGUGUCAACCAUCUUCUUUGAAGAAAUGCACUUUGAUGAAUGGAUGAAUGAUGUGAUGGAGAACAUGACCACAAGUACGAGCAGUAGUGGGAGUACAGAGGUGGUCCCUUCCACCUCCUUAGUAGAUGCCUCUGCCUCCCAUAACCAGACAGAAAGAAAUAUCACCAUGGUCAAUGAUAAUAAUGAGAUGGUCGCAUUGCUCUGUGCGGAGCAGUGUACGAACUUAACGACUGGAGAAAAAGGUUGCGAUGCAGUCAAGCAAAUCGUUAUAAAUCACCCUCCAGAAACAGAAGACAAGUCAAAGGAGUGGCCUGCAGGACACAGCGAUACUACUCCCCACCAAGAUGUACAAAGUGACCAAGACACUCGCUCGACAAGUGAUAAAAGAAUAAUUGGAGACAAUAAGGUAAGAGAGGCCGCGCCAGUUCACCAUGCACAUGACGAGAACACAAAGCUCACUAAGGAAGACGACAAAAAGCAAAUCACAAAUGCGGUAAGAGAGGCUGAGCCAGUUCACUAUGCACAUAGCGAGAACAUUAAGGUAACUGAUGAGGACAACAUCAGGUAUAUCACAAAUGAUCCACUGCAAGCAAAGUUGGAGGAUGGGAUCACCUCGGAGAAAUAUGAUGUGGCAGCUAUGGAAAACGGAGCUGUGGAGGAAGUUCCUCUAGAAGUGACGCAAUCAAAGAUCAGCAAAGAAGAGACAGCAUCACAAGAGGCAAAUGAACUGCCUGUCACAGCUAUUGGUCUAUCCGGGACCAACAACAUGUCAAUUAGCAAUACUUUCAAUCACGCUUGUAUGACAAGGAAGAUGAACAUGGACUCUGCUCCUCAAAAUUAUCCAAUCACUGCAGUGGUAGGCGAAGUGAGGAGCAGUCCUUCGUGGAGCACCAAAGAAGAGGGUGCAGAUACAGCCAGGAACUUACUAGAAAAUGACAAGGCAUUGGAAGAACCCACAACUCUCGCCUGUGGCUCGGAGAAGAAAAGGAAGCAGAUAGUAAAAACGAAGGUUAAAAAAAGGAAAAGAAGAUCAACGAAACUCAAGGAAGUUCAGAGAUUAGAGACUACUUGGAGAAGACAUGACGGUGAUGAUGAAGACUGUUUGCAGGUGAUUGAUCCUUCCUGUACUCUCUUUGUAAGUGACGGGCAGCUGGUUGUGGCGAUGGAGGUACCCACAUGUACACCUAACGAGAAUGCUAACGCAAUAGAGAAGAGUGGUGAGACUGAGAUGCCUCCCCAGCACUCCAUUCGCUCACCCCUUCCAUCAGACUUCUUGCACCUCCACAUCAGCUCUCCAUUACAGUCACCAACCGCCAUUGCAGUCAAUCCAAAGGGAAUGAGCAAUGCAUGCGAGAUGAACGAACAUCAAUCAACGAAAAGUGAAACUGGAGAUGCUAUCACAAGUUUACUACAUGUAUCUAACCUCGAAGGCAAAGAACAAGCCAACAAGGAACAGGGGGAAGCUGAUGAGGGACAUGCAAAGUCUGUCAAAGAAACACAAACAUAUGAAGAGCAUGGUGAAGAAAUUAAUAGUAAGAAAAUUGAAGAAGCUAUAUAUAAGGAAAAUGAAUUAACCCAAAUAUCAAAAUCAUUAAUACAACCGAAAAAGUAUAAACAGAGUGAGAUUAGUGAAACAGAGGGUACUAAAAACAGCGAAACUGAACAAAGAGAUGCAACAUGCUUUCCACUCAUUUGUACGAAUAAAAUGCUUGCUAAAACCGCAGAAGACACCGAGAGAGUGAACGCAGUUCUUUUCAUUAGAGAUGAAGCUUCAAGUGAGGCAAAUAAAGAUUGUGAAAAUACAACUGCAGCAAAGUUAAGAACAGACACUGAGCUAAACCAAAUAUUAAAUGAAGUACAUAAAAAAAACUAUGACGCUGAAAAGGCCACUGAAAAAAAAAUGAACAUCUUAAUCCAAGACAGCAGUUGCAAUUCAAAGUCAGAGAACGUUAGACUGGCCGCUCUCAUACAAGAGACAGUGGAGAAAAAAAAUAUACCUAAACCUGUCCCUCAAACAGUAGAGGAAAGAACAAACCUUGAAAAAACACUGGAAGAAGAGAAAACGGUCACCCCUGUAAUUGUACAUGGAGUAGAAGAGAAAGCUGUUACCCUUGAACGAGGUUCUGAAGUAAAAAAUAAAAUAGAAACGUUUGAACGAGUACCAGAGGAGGACAAAAGAAUCACAUCAGAAUAUGUAUCUGCAGUAGAAGAUACAAGAAUAAAUCAUGAAUUGGCAUUUGAACGAAAAAAGACUCAAGGAACGGAAAAGGACUCGGUAGACAGCGUGGUAUUCAGUCAUGGUAAGGACGACACUAGCAGUGAAGGACAUAUCAGGUUGGCGGUAGGGAGGAAUUCAAACAGCAGCAGCACCAGUAUAUUCCACCUUGCGGAAUGCCUCACAUCUCUGAGACUGAAAGAACGACCAGCUUGCCCAUUGACCCAGCCUCACACUCAGCCCACUGUCAGCUCAAACAUUAUUCCGAGUGUUGACCAGGAUGAUUCCCACACGUUAAAUUCCUUACCUGAUUCAGCCUCCCUCUGCCGCCAAAGAUACAUGGAUGCAUUAAAGGAUCUUAUGGAAGAGGUGAGGCUUAUGGGAGAGAGAAAGAUUAAUUCCAAGAGCGGAGAAAAAGGGGCCGAUUCAUUAGAUAUACUGUCAUUUGAUACUGAACUCUUUCAAACCGAUAAUCAAAGGGCAUGCAUCAAGAGGAAUGGGAAGGAAGAGACUGAGAGGUUAACAAUUAUACAGUGUGUUGCAAAAAUUCACUCCAGUGCAGAUGUAGAGAGUAAUGAUCAAGAUAAUGAACAAUUUAAGCUGCCACAGCUGACAGUGGAGUGUGAAGCCUUACUAGACGAUUCAAGGCGAGGAGAUGAGAAAAGACAUUAUGAAAUCACAGCAGAAAUAGAAAAAACAAACCUAGUAGAAAGCACAAGGAAAGAAGACCAUUAUGCAUAUAGCACACUAAGAGAGGCAAAAGAUGUGAAUAUAAAGAUCAAGGAAGCUUUAAAGUGCCCACUGAAGGAUGUACCAGUAGUGAAGAUUAUAACAGAAGCUCAUGGUGGUAGAACACCAGAGCCUAUGGUCAAUGGAAUCGAGGCAGGCGAGAGAGAAAUUAGUGUUCAUCUUUCAAGUGACCGCAUCAAGGAACUUUGUGCAGAUUUAGAAAAUGAAUGCAAGGGCAGUGCAUCUUUUAUAGGAGUGAGCAAGGAUGUAGACUUGAAGCAUAACGACGUCCCUGUUGUGAUGAGGACCAAGGAAGAAAAACAUUUGGUUCAGGGGAGUAGGGAGUGUAACACAGCUAGUGAGGAAUAUCUUGUGGCGAUGCCACCACAGGGAAUUAAUAUCAAGAUCAUGAAAAACAUUUCAGUUGAUUCAGUACCCGACUCUUGUCCUCCCUUGUCUGUCAGCAACUUCGCUAAAAAAGCAGCAAUGAAGAUUAAUCAACUAUGUGGUGAGUCAAAUGUUUUAAGGCUCCAGCAGGAUGGCAGAGGGCUCCCUGUGGAGUUCAGCCAUAUCGUUGAAGACUUCAUGAACACUGUUCAUUGUGAGAGAGAAGUUCAGGAGAAGCAAGUAGGCACUGCUUUACCUGUUGGUAACAAUAUGAUACAAAGUCUUGACUCAGAACAGCACAGUGCCGAUGGAAAAGUAGAGGGAUCUUACUUUUCAUCCAGAGGGACUGAUCCAUUGCCAUCAAUGAAUUGCACCCAGCCAGUGGAUUGUGAGAUACACUCAGCGAUUUGUAUGACCCGGGAAGCAAAGAGUGGGGCACAACCACUAGAAAGGGAACAACCACCUGUAAGUGAGACUCAUCCAUCAGUUAGCUGGAUCCAGCUAGCAGUCUGUAAGACCCAGCCAGCAAUUUGUAAUAUCCAGCCUGAGUUUCGUGGAAUCCAGCCAGUGGAAUGUGUGGUCCAGCCAGUGGUUUGUGAGAUGCAACCAGCGGUUAGUGAGACCCAUCCAUCUGGUAGUGGGACCCAGCCAGAGGCUUGUGAUAUCCACUUGGCAGUUUGUGAAACCCAGCCAGCAGUUAGUGGAACCCAGCCAGCAGUUAGUGCAACUCGGCCAGCAGUUAGUGAAACCCAGCCAGUAGUUAAUGAAACCCAACCAGCACUUAGUGGAACCCAACCAGCAGUUAGUGGAACGCAUCCAGCACUUAAUGGAACCCAACCAGCAGCUGUUGGAAUCCAGCCAGCAGUUAGUGGAACCCAGCCAGCAGUUAAUGGAACCCAGCCAGCGGUUAGUGAAACUCAACCAGCAGUUAGUGGAACCAAACCAGCAGUUAGUGGAACCCAACCAACAGCUUGUGAAACUCAUCCAGCACUUAGUGGAACCCAGCCAGCAGUUAGUGGAGCCCAACCAGCAAUUAGUGGAACCCAGCCAGCAGUUAGUGGAACCCAACCAGCACUUAGUGAAACCCAACCAACAAUUCAUGUAAGCCAAGCAUCAGUUUGUGAAACCCAACCAGCAGUCUGCAGGACCCAGCCAUUGGUAUGUGGGUCCCAACCACCACUUUGUGGGACUCAGCCAGAGGCUUGUGAUAUCCCUCUGGCAGUUUGUGAAACCCAGCCAGCUAUUUGCAGGACCCAGCCAGCAGUUUGUGGUACCCAGCCAGGGGUUCAUGGCACACAACCAAUGGUUAAUGUUGUCCAAACAACUCAAUUGCCUGCUAGUGUGGUUAGUUUGCGGCAGCCAAUGGUUAGUAAGACACAUCCGUCAAUCAAAGACGUACAGUCGUCGUCCAGUGUAGACCAAACACCAACUCAUCAAACUCGCUCGUCAAGCAGCUGGAGUCUGCAGUCAUCUGAGGUCAACCCAUCUCCAGCUAGUGAAGCUCAGCCUCCUGACUUGAAUCAUGGAAGUGAUGUCGCCAAAGAGAGAAAAAAGAGAUGUAGGGAUGAGUCUGCUGAUGAGGAGAGUGAGGUUGAGGGCUCUCGUGGACGGAAGAGGAGGAAAAAAGCCCGUGUCACUACUCAUCACCACAUUGUCGAGGUGUCUCUUACAGAGAGGUACAUGGAGUGCCUACGGAUGGUGGCAAUGGCUGGGGAGGCGUUCCUGUCCCCUCUUCGUGGUCAUGGUGUAAUGAGGCCCAGUCAUGGGUUUGCCUCACUGCAGCCAGAGCACACACGCUCUCUUCUCAACCAGAUGGUCCGGUCUAUGCGGGGACGAUGCCAAUCUGCUAGUGACGAAAAAAAUUCAUAUUAUAAGAAUCUGUUGGCGCUGCACGGCCUCAUCAAGGCAGGAGACCUCCUCCUGCACUGCGGCUUGGAGCCCGCUCUGCGCUGUCUGGACCAGUUCCACCACACUCAUCACGUCCUCCUUGCAGGGUGUUACACAGACGUGGUGGCACGUCUAGCAGCAGUGCAGGAACGAGGUGGAGAAGGGGUGGUGCAUCCCAAGGUCACUACCCUUCGACGGGAGAUGGAGCAGGCAAGGCAGCGUGAAGACCCAGGAGACACAGAAUUUAAGGUGUUGGUUGUAGUGAAACGUGAGGUACAGUGGGUGCACCACCAGCUUGAGGAGGAGUUCGGAUCAGAUAAUGUUGCUCUUCUCUCUCGUCUGCCUGAGUAUGAUCGUGUCCUCCACCUACUUGAGCAGCAGAGUGUGGUGGUGUGGGAAGAAGGGGAGGCUCUGCACCAGCUGCCAUGCUCUCAGUUUAACCUGGUGGUAGAAUGGGAGGGCAGCAGUGGCUCCUCCAUUUGUGUUGAUCAUUGCACCCGCCAGAACAUACACGUGGUAUCUUUUAUCACACCAAGCCCAAGUGUUGGUGACAAAGAACCAGUCUCAAGGAAUGAAGAUAGAGACCAGCAGGAAGGCAAAGUCAGUAUCAAUAUCAGUAGGAAUGAAAGCUCGGGAGAGAUAAGGAACAACAGGGGUUGUGGACAGAGGGACUCAUUGAUGAUUGUGGCCAGCACUUCUGUCACUGCCAAAAAUGAGCUUCACUACAUCCUUACCUCUAUUUUUAAUAUCAAUUUGAUUGAGAGGAAUCCAAGGGAUGUUAUAAUAGAGGAAGGGAGACAAGGGUGGGCAGACCUUUUGUUGGAUGAAAGGACGUGUGUGUUGUUGCGACCACUUGCCACUCUCCGCUCUGAUGCCCAUCUAAAUCAGCUCACCUGUCAGCUGGUUCUUCUCUCACUUCAGUGCACUACCUGCUACAUCAUCUUGUAUGCAGAGCAGUCAAACAGUUCAGGGUACGAGUUUCGGAGCAGUGUGAUGCGAGCCCUAACACGGCUGGUGGCCACAUGUGUACUCUUUCACUCACCAGAAUACACUGUAUCACUCCUGCUAGCUUACAAUCUCCAUCAGGUGGGAGAGUUGAUACGAGACCUUUGUGAGGCAACACGAUCUUCAUCACCAGUGUGGGACCCAGAGGAGUGGACUACCCGUCCUUGGCUCACUUCUCAAAUGAGUUCACAUGAGCGUCUCUUGCUGUCAUUCCCCUGCAUCAACUCCAUCUCUGCUCAGGUGAUCCUGACAGCCAUGAGCUUGCUCCAAGUAUUAGAAUCAUCAUUCUCUCACAUGAGAAACAUUCUGCCUUGGAUACCAAGCAAAGUCAUUAAGAUGUUACAAAUGAAUCGGUAUCUCCUCAACUGCCUGUUCAACAGUCUCAACUAGAUUGUAAUUUUUUCAAACACCUGCAACUAUUCAACAAGGUAAGCAAGUUAUGUUGAAAGCAUCAGACCAUGGCACAGGUCUUCAGAGAGCAAGAAUUCUUUUCCAGAAGGUCCCUGGCUGGAGUAGUAAAACUAAACUGGUCUUCAACACAGAUUAAGUUCAGUACUCUAACACAGAGCUUAUUGUAAGGACAAUUGAAUGAUAUUGAUAGUUGAUUCACAAAUGAAUAGCAGUUUACAUCUAAGUAAAGAUGCAAUGCCAAAUAAUGUUAUAGGUAACAGGACUGGCACAGUCAAGGAAUGAAGUACAAGGCCAGUUUUUAAUUACAUUAUUACAUCAGUGCCAUGUAUGUUAUAAGCAUAAGGACUGUCACAAUCAUGAAAGGAAAUGCAAAGAUUGUUUUCAGUUACAUUGUGACUAAAAUUUCUACAUUUUUAUAUGUGACACUUAACAGAUUGCCCAUUAUACAUGCUUUUCUAUCAAUAUGACAUUUCAGUUGAAGUGAUUUAGUACAGCAAGCAUAACAUCAGCAUGCAAUCACCACUGUGCUCAUUUGUAAUAAAAUUAUGCUAAGAAAAA